GGGGCCGGCGAGAGCCGGGGGCCGGUGACGAAAGGGCAGCGCGCGGGUGACAGCACUGGCCUCUUCCUCUCCCGCCGCCGCCGUCCCCCGACUGGGUCGUUGGGUAGGAACCUGAGCCCUGAAUGCGCGAGGAGCCCUGUCCAGCUGCCUCUGGUCCCCGGGUGGGAAUCCUGGCUUUUCCUUCCCCCAAGUCACCCUGUCUUUUCCCUCGUCGGGGGCCGCCCAGACACCCAUUUUUAUGGUAAACGCUAAGCCGCCGCGUCUAAAUUCUACUCGCCCGAAUAUUUCCACUCCGCCCUAGUGCCCCCGAGCGUGAUCAGGGUUCCUGUCGAGGCUCCAGUGCGCCUGGUUUCUGGCGAGUGUGCGAGGGGUGUGUGCGUGUGCGAGUGUGUGUGUUCACACGCAGGGGGCUGACAGCCUGCAACUUGGAGACUUCGGCCAGGGCUGGUGUUAUCUGGUAGAAGUGGGCGUGUCGGAGAGAACGCAACAGGUCUGGACACAUUUCUCUCUCAACCUCGCACUCCCCCUGCCCCAGGGCUUGUUCUGCAGCGUUUGGCUUCACUUCGCGCGUGACGUUCCUAAGUGACCCCUUUUAGAAAAAGACCCUCCCUAAUUCGUAAUCAUUUCGUGGUGCGAUUUUUGACAAGUGCUUGUUUGACGUUUGGGGUUUCAGACUUGGUAACUGCAGCCUUGUAAUACCACUUAAGACCCCGUGGCAUGAUUCUUAGGGACCCGUUAAUGUAACAGGGUUAUUUGCAGUUUAAACUGGGUGAUAAUGUCGCUUGAGGGAGCGUUUCGUUUUAUGAAGCAUUGUUUUGGUUUCGGGUUUGAAGGCAGCUGUCAAAAAAGCGGCGUGGAAAUUCAUUAGGCUUCAUUUGAUACCUGUUUAGAGAUCGCUAUCAUAUAAACAAGGCGAAGGGGCCGAGAGAUAAGCGGUUUACCUUCAAAAUGUGUAGUCGCUGGUCCCUAUCCCUCUUCCAUCUUCAUCAUAGUCCUCUUUCGGUGAGGACUCUUACCGUUUUUGCUUCUUAGAGUCUUCCUACAGGGAAAGUUUCCUUUUUAGACUGGCUUUAGCUAUCAUGUCCUAAAUGUGCUUAUCAAAGUCUUUGUCCGUCUCUUAGAUCAUCCUGAUUAUUAACAAUAUACCAGCAACCUAAGCCUCUUGAAAAUGGGCUCAGAAUUGGGAUAAGUGAAGGUUUAGAAUGCAGAGAAAAUUAUUCUAAGCGUUUUUAUUGGUUACGGUUUUACCCAGAUUUAGAUGGGUUUUUCUGUUUCUGAGUUUUUCUGUUUUUCAGUACUUCAGUAUUCGGAAAGGAAAAUUUUUCUUUCACAGCUCAUAAUCACUGAUGGAUUCCAAAGAAUCAUUAACCUCCCCCAGUGAAGAAAUCCCCAGCAGUGUGCAUGGUCAGGAGAGAGGAAAUGUGAUGGACUUCUAUAAAACCCGAAGGGGAGGAGCUACUGUCAAGGUUUCUACGCCUUCACCCUCACUGGCUGCUACUUCUCAGUCAGACUCCAAGCAGCAAAGACUUUUGGUUGAUUUUCCAAAAGGUUCAGUAAGCAAUGUGCAGCAGCCAGAUCUGUCCAAAGCAGUUUCACUCUCCAUGGGAUUAUAUAUGGGAGAAACAGAAACAAAAGUGAUGGGAAAUGACCUGGGAUUCCCACAGCAGGGCCAAAUCAGCCUUUCCUCUGGGGAAACAAACUUGCAGCUUCUGGAAGAAAGCAUCGCAAACCUCAAUAGGUCGACCAGUGUUCCAGAGCACCCCAAGAUCUCAGCAUCUGUUGCUGUAUCUGCUGCCCUCCUAGAGAAAGAACUCCCAGAAACUCCCUCUGAUGUAUCUUCGGAACAACAAAAUUUAAAGGGCCAGACUGGCACCAACGGUGGCAAUGUGAAGUUGUGUACUGCAGACCAAAGCACCUUUGAUAUUUUGCAGGAUUUGGAGUUUUCUUCUGCGUCCCCAGGUAGAGAGACAAAUGAGAGCCCUUGGAGAUCAGACCUGUUGCUAGAUGAAAACUGUUUGCUUUCUCCUUUGGCAGUCGAGGAUGAUCCAUUCCUUUCGGAAGGAAAUUUGAAGGAGGACUGCAAGCCUCUCAUUUUACCGGACACUAAACCUAAAAUUAAGGAUAAUGGAGAUCUGAUUUUAUCGAGCCCCAAGAGUGUACCACUGCCCCAAGUGAAAACUGAAAAAGAAGAUUUCAUCGAACUCUGCACCCCUGGAGUAAUUAAGCAAGAGAAACUGGGCCCAGUUUACUGUCAGGCAAACUUUUCCGGAGCAAAUAUAAUCGGUAAUAAAAUGUCUGCCAUUUCUGUUCAUGGUGUGAGUACCUCUGGAGGACAGAUGUACCAUUACGACAUGAAUACAGCAACCCUUUCUCAACAGCAGGAUCAGAAGCCCAUUUUUAAUGUCAUUCCACCAAUUCCUGUUAGUUCAGAAAAUUGGAAUAGGUGCCAAGGAUCUGGAGAUGAGAACUUGACUUCCUUGGGAACUUUGAACUUCUCUGGCCGAUCAGUUUUUUCCAAUGGCUACUCAAGCCCUGGAAUGAGACCCGAUGUCAGUUCUCCUCCAUCUAACUCCUCUACAGCAGUGGGACCACCUCCCAAACUCUGCCUGGUAUGCUCUGAUGAAGCUUCAGGAUGUCACUAUGGGGUCUUGACUUGUGGAAGCUGUAAAGUAUUCUUCAAAAGAGCUGUGGAAGGUAGGCAGCACAAUUACCUUUGCGCUGGAAGGAAUGACUGUAUCAUUGAUAAAAUUCGAAGGAAAAACUGCCCAGCGUGCCGCUAUCGAAAAUGUCUUCAAGCCGGAAUGAACCUGGAAGCUCGAAAAACGAAGAAAAAAAUAAAAGGAAUUCAGCAGACCACUACAGGAAUCUCACAAGAAACUCCUGAAAAUUCUGCUAACAAAACAAUAGUUCCUGCAACAUUACCACAACUCACCCCUACCCUGGUGUCACUGUUGGAAGUCAUUGAGCCUGAGGUGUUAUAUGCAGGAUACGAUAGCUCGCUUCCAGAUACAACCUGGAGGAUCAUGAGUGCACUCAACAUGUUAGGUGGGCGGCAAGUGAUUGCCGCUGUGAAGUGGGCAAAGGCGAUACCAGGAUUCAGGAACUUGCACCUGGAUGACCAAAUGACCCUACUGCAGUACUCUUGGAUGUUUCUCAUGGCAUUUGCCCUGGGGUGGAGAUCAUAUAAACAAGCAAGUGCAAAUUUGCUGUGUUUUGCUCCUGAUCUGAUUAUUAAUGAGCAGAGAAUGUCUCUCCCCUUCAUGUAUGACCAAUGUAAACAUAUGCUGUUUGUUUCCUCUGAGUUACAGAGGCUUCAGGUCUCUUAUGAAGAGUAUCUCUGCAUGAAAACCUUACUACUUCUCUCUUCAGUUCCUAAGGAAGGUUUGAAGAGCCAAGAGCUAUUUGAUGAAAUUAGAAUGACCUACAUCAAAGAGCUAGGAAAAGCCAUAGUUAAAAGGGAAGGAAACUCCAGUCAAAACUGGCAGCGUUUUUAUCAGCUGACAAAACUCUUGGACUCCAUGCAUGAUGUGGUUGAAAAUCUUCUUAACUAUUGCUUCCAAACAUUUUUGGAUAAGACCAUGAGGAUUGAGUUCCCAGAGAUGUUGGCUGAAAUCAUCACCAAUCAAAUACCAAAAUACUCAAAUGGAAAUAUCAAGAAACUUCUGUUUCAUCAAAAAUGACUGCCUUAUUAAGAAAGGUUGCCUUAAAGAAAGUUGAAUUUAUA